AUGGAUAAAUCGACAUCUAGCACUCAAACUACCAUCCAUAAUCUUCACAAUUUAGAAACACAUUUAGAAUCUCUUAUUCAUAAUCUUCAUGAUCUUGGCAAAAUUAUUCAUGACUUUGAAAAUUCCAAAACAAAUGAAAUAAUAUUUAAUAGAAUAAAGAAUAUAAUCAAUAAUUAUAAAUCUCUUUAUACAAAUAAAGAUUUCAUUACAGAAAUAGUACCACGGGAUGUUAUUGAUUAUAUAGAAGAAGGAAGAAAUCCAGAUGUUUAUACUAGACAAUUUUGCGAACUGGUUCAAAAGGAUAAUCAAUAUGUCAAUGGGAAAUCUAUAGCUAUAACUGAUUUUCGUAAUAUUUUAGCCCAAGAUAUCAAAAAUAAUUUUCCAAACAUAGCAAAUGAAGUUGAAAAAAUAUUAAGAAAUACAAAUAAAAAUUAA